UUUCCGGCAGCAUUCCACAAAGCGCUGGGCUAGACAAUAAUUUCCCAUGGCAGGUCUCGUCAUGCUAGAGAUGCUUCCGCGGGCAUGGUUUCUGUUCCUCUUACCGCUCUUCCUCUUGUUUCUGCAUUAUUAUUGCUUCACUGCGAAUGGGAAGACGGGGAAAAGGCAGCAGCGAGAAAGCCGCCUCCCGCCUUCUCCACCGGCACUGCCCAUCAUCGGGCACCUGCACCUUGUUGGCUCUCUCCCGCACAUCUCGCUCCGUGCCCUUGCUGCAAGGCACAGCCGCGACGGCCUCAUGCUCCUCCGUCUCGGCGCCCUGCAGACGCUCAUCGUGUCGUCGCCGCGUGCCGCGGAGGCGGUGCUGCGCACGCACGACCACGUCUUUGCGUCACGGCCCCGCUCCAUGUUCCCCGACAUCAUCUUGUACGGCCCAUCUGACGUUGCCUUUGCGCCAUAUGGCGAGCACUGGCGGCAGGCGAAGAAGAUCCUCACGAACCAUGUGUUGAGUGUUAAAAAAGUGCAUUCUUCCCGCAACGCCGCCACAGAGGAGGUGACCUUGGUGAUGACCAAGAUUAAGGAGGUCGCCGCAAUAGGUGGUGUAGUGGACAUGAGUGAGCUUCUCAAGUCAUUCACAUAUGACAUGGCAUGUCGGAUCGUGUUGGGAAAGUCCUUUCGGACAGAAGGAUGGAGCAAGCUCCUUCGGGAACUCACUGACGAUACCUCACGAAUACUAGGAGGAUUCAACUUGGAGGAGUACUUUCCAACAUUGGCUAGGGUUGGAGUGCUUAAGAGGGUGGUUUGUGCAAAGGCUGAGAGAGUGAGGUGUAGAUGGGCAUAUUUGCUGGAUAAGUUGAUCGAUGAACGUGUGAGCAUGGACAAGUCAAUAUUUGAUAAAAAGGAUGGUGAUUUCAUAGAUAUUCUGUUGUCUGCUCAGCAUGAGUAUGGUCUCACAAGAGAGAGAGUGAAAGCUCUCCUGACAGAUGUAUUUUUCGGUUCAGCAGACACUGUAGCUAAUACUCUAGAUUUCACCUUGGCCGAGUUGAUGAGGAGGCCACGCCUAUUGGAGAAGCUACAAGCUGAGGUGAGGAGUAUCGUACCCCGGGGACAAGAAGCUAUAACCGAAACCGACAUGAACAAGAUGACAUACUUAAGAGCAGUCUUCAAGGAGUCACUUCGGAUGUAUCCUGUUGCGCCUCUCCUUGCUCCACACCUUGCCAUGGCUGAUUGCAACAUCGAUGGGUACAUGGUUCCUGCUGGGACACAUGUGCUUGUCAAUGUAUGGGCCAUUGGUAGAGAUUCCAGCUCUUGGCAGGAUGCAGAAGAGUUCAUACCUGAAAGAUUUAUAUAUGAAGAUAGCAAUGUGGAUGUCAAUUUCAAGGGGAAUGAUUUCAAAUUCUUGCCAUUUGGGUCAGGACGAAGGAUGUGCCCUGGUAUAAACCUCGGGAUCGCCAAUUUUGAGCUUAUGUUGGCAAACCUCAUGUACCAUUUUGAAUGGGAAUUGCCACCAAGGGUGGAGAGGAAAGACAUUGAUAUGACAGAGGUCUUUGGGCUAACCGUGCGCCGGAAGGAUAAGCUACUGUUAAUUCCAAAAUCAUUCAAGUAGGUGCAAGAAUAAAAGAUAAGUUGAAUAUUUUGUUUUACUGCUAUAUUGUUGCAAAAAAAAUAAAGGGAAAUUCCUGCUUGUUGUAAAUCUAUUAAGAAAGUUUUUAGCGGU